ACGGUAAUAAGCAUAUGCGUCUAGUUUCUGUUUCGUCUUUGUUGUCAAUAAAUGUUACUUUUACAAUUAUGCACAGCCCCUGAGAACGUGUAAUACUACAACAAUAUAGAAUGGCAAAAAUAUCUAAAACAGAAGAAGAUACUAACCACGUGUCCAGGGCAAGUUGUUUUCGAAUGAGGUAUGGUGGCUGUUAAUGUAGAGUUCAUUAAUAAAUGCAUGCUGUUAUCGUAUCACUGCUAUCGCGUUUUCUAACCAUACGUUAGAUUAAUGCUAAUGUGUUUCUAGUUUUCUGUCCGUUCCUUGAAAAGAAACAACCCUGGGUUAUCAUGUCCAGCGUAGAAUUACCGUGAAAACAGUCGGCAGACAACAUGAAUAUUCGAGAGUGACCUUGAAGGAGAAGAAAAAUAUGGACCUAUUGCGUUAUCAACACGUGUAUUUCAUCGGUUUCAUGCACCACUGCGCGCUCGUCAAUUAUCAAGUUACCAUGUCAACGGCGUCUGCUUCAUUCGCACAGGCAACAUCAAACAGAAAUCACCGAUGCGCGCGCCAAGCGGAAGAGUUAACUGAGGCGCCGUGUCCGCCUCCCGACCACCUCCACCUCCUUUGUGAUUUCAGCGUCCAUCGGAACCUGACCACAUGCCCGCAACGUGCAUCAAUUAUUGAACGCUGUUUUCAUCGAUUUGGCUUCAUCUACCAGAACUCAAAUUGGACGUUAUGCGUUAAUGCCUUUGAUAAUUGCGUUGCUAUAGGCGAUGUGAUAGAUCGAAUAAAACGCGGUGUAACAACCACAUUUUAUUCCACGUUGACACCUAGUAAAACGCGCCAUAGCACCAGUAAUCAACGGUCGAACAACGUUUCCUCUGGGAGUUCUACAGCUACACCUGUAACCAUGGAUUCGGGAAUACACUCUGACACGUCACUUCCGGAUUCAGCGUCCUAUCUGAUUGUCAGCAUCGGCUGUUCUUUUAUCGCUCUGGAAAUCGUCGUUUUAUGUGCCUAUUUUUGUUACGACAAGAAGCGAGAACGGAACCAGUACGAGAAGCAAGGUCGCAACUCGGAGGAGGACCCGGAGGAGGUGCAGGAGGGCAACAUCGCACCGGAAACAGCGGCCCCUAAUGUCGCCCUGUGUCCUAAAUUAGUCUUCAACGACGAUGACGUGGUCAAAGAGGAUCAAAGCAUUUAUCACAGUUAUUACAACCUGCCUUACAUAGACGAAUCCGCUGCGAAUACACCUGAACGGCAACUUCUACCCCGCCUAUGAUAGUUAUACACGAAGAUGCGUGUGUACAUUUCAAUUAAUUCAGCUUCGCUCUUGGAAAACGGAGCUUAAUGCAUGUGCUUAGACUGUAGCAGUCUGCACAGACUUAUCUGGAACGACACUUUACGUACAUUUAUUAAAACCCAUUUUCCGAGAGCGCGGCUCUUAUUUGUCUGUGGGACAUUUGCAUUAAGGAUCGUUGCUCAAAGUGCGAUCGUAUUUUAGGCAUAAUAUUUAGUGAGAGUAAUGUAGAGUAUAAAAUGUGUAAUGCACAAAUUUAGUCCGUUGUAAAGAGGGCUCGGGCAAUCCUGUUUGAACUUAUAUUGACAUAUACUUUUCAAAGUCCGUGAUUAUGUCUCAAUGAUUUAGUUAGCAUUUUUAAAAAGCCAUAUUUCCAGUUAUUUCGCAAUAUUGUGAUGACCGCAACAGUAUGCACGUGCGGCAAUAACACUUCGUGUAGUGGACUAUUACUGGAUUUACUAUUGCGCGCAGAACUGUUUUUAAAUAAAAUAUGUAUCCUUACGCGUGAAAAUUGCCUCAAUGUCAUGCCACUAUUGGCUUGAAACGACAGAACUAUUUGCCAUGAUUAUGCAUUGUGCAGAAACACAGGAAAGUGUAUUCCUGAAAUCCUGGCCACGCAGUUGCAGGGUUCGGAGGAGGAAUUCUAUAUCUGUCCAAGAAGUAUUGUGUUAUAAGUAAACAACAUAUCCGCUUUGUAAUAUAGACUCGACUUCUUUUAGGAUUACUUUAUAACGGUGCUGGUUUGCGCAUGUUCUUUAUAUUUUGUGUUAACCAUUCUGACGUUUUGUUAUUAUUAUACUGUUUAUAUUUAUUACAUCGUAUUAAGUGAUAAAAUAACCUUGUACGCGUGUAAGUAUAUUUGUGAACAACAUAUUGCUCCCCGAGAUAGUUCUAGUAAUCCAUGUUACCGACAAGAGUGUAAUUUGUUGUCGUUGAACAUAUGAGCCUUGUUCUGAGAAAACUGGGCUUAAUGCAUGUGCGUAAAGUGUCGUCCCAGAUUAGCCUGUGCAGUCCGCACAGGCUAAUCAGGGACGACACUUUCCGCCUAAACUUGAUUUUCGGUAAGGAGGGACUUCCUUGAAACUAAAAAUACCAUAAAAGCGGAAAGUGUCGUCCCAGAUUAGCCUGUGCGGACUGCACAGGCUAAUCUGGGACGACACUACGCAUAUGCAUUAUGACCAGUUUUCUCAGAACGCGACUCAUAUCAACAUUGGAAAAAACGCCAAAUCGGUUGCUGAUAGUUGCAAUGCGCUCUCUCUUGGCCAUGGGUGCAAAAUGUUUUCAACAAUGCAAGGGUUAAGGAACACUGAAACUGCAAGAACUUAUACAAGUUUACCUAUCUAAACCACAAACUCAUCCAAAUGGUACCAUUAAAGCAAGAAAUAAUUGA